CUUCUCUGUCUUGGAGAGGGGUUUGUGGGUUGUGCGUGAUUUUAUAGCAAGAAAGAAAGAAAGAAAGAAAGAAAGAAAAAGUGACUUCAGAGGAAAUUGCUGAAAAUUGCUGCAGAUCUUUUGAGGAUUUUUCUGAAGACAUUCUAACAAUUUUAAGGAGGAACUGCCACUGAGUCAGCAUUCCCUAAGAACAUGAUGGACAUGGAAACAAAUGGCAGAUACCACUGAUGUCUGAUGAGACAGUGUGGUCACUUCAAGGGAUUUAAGGGAAGAUAGGUCAACAGUCUUGAAGAAAAAAAAAAUCUUACUUCCCUUUCUUGCUUGGACAUAAACAGCUACAAGUAUGAGGUGACUUUUCCGGCAGAACUUCAGGAUCUGUCGAAGAAAUUGUUGAAGAUAACUGCUCUCCAGGGUAGACGGAAAUUCACAUGAAUAUUGAUGAAAAGCUUUUAGGCACCAGAAUAUUCUUUGGAUAAGUCUAAAGGUUUUCAAAGUUGACUUUGGGAAAAUAUUACAGGAUAUUUCAUUGUAGUCCUCUGGAAUAGAAUUAAGCAUUUCUGGUUAUUCUGUGGACACAGAUAGAUUUUUCUUACCAUAGAUUGACACUACUUUUAGACAACUUGUUGAUGUUGCUAUUUAUGUGCUAAUGAAUGUUAUGUACUUGUGAGCCAGCUGCUGACAUGUUCAGGUGAAAAUCUGAGCUAAUUCUCUGAGGAUACAAUCAAUCACCAUUGAAUAUUUUUGCCUUCUACUGAAUCACCGUAAUCUUAAUCCAGAGAGAGAGGAACUGGGAGGAAAAAUUCUAGUACUUUGGCAGCAACCUCCAAAUUAUUCCCAACUAGUUUUAGUCUUUAUUCAUAGAACAGAGAGAGGAAAAGACAAGAAGUAAGAUGGCACAGAAAGGAGGAACAGAGCAGGGGCGUGUUAAGACAGGGGACAAUUUUGGAGCCAAAGCCAUGGCGGGGGCCCCCACAGCCGGCGGAGGAGUGGUGGUGGAGGUCAGGGAGAAGAAGGGACCUCUGCGGGCUGCGAUACCCACCAUGCCUUUCCCUCUGGCUGUCAUCUGUCUGUUUCUGAACACCUUCAUACCUGGACUCGGUACCUUCAUCUCAGCGUUCACAGUACUGUGUGGAGCUCGCAGUGAGCUGAUCUCAGAGCGAGGCGUGUGCUGUGUGUUCUGGCUCAAUGUGGCAGCAGCCCUGAUCCAGAUACUGACAGCUGUCAUCAUGGUUGGAUGGAUCAUGAGCAUCUUCUGGGGAAUGGACAUGGUCAUCCUGGCAAUUUCUGAUGGCUGUAGAGACCAAGGUGUUCCCCAAGAUGUCUGAGAGACGCCGCUCUCGAGUUACCUGAUGGAUCACGAAGAGAAUUCGACCACUUUAACUUCGCUUACGCGCGACUUUUACCAUUGUGAUGUCCUGUAGCUGACAACAGAGAGAGGCAGAGACAUGAUGAAAAUCGUUUAGUCAAAGUGAAUCAAGUGACUGCUCUCUCUGAAAAUAUUUGAUUGCUGGCUGCUGAUUGGUCAACACCAGGCCACAUUUAGAUUUACAGUUAAAAGAAACAAGAUGUGAAGAAGAGACUUAAACUGUACAAGAAAUACAGUGGAUAAGAAAAACAAUGCAUUUGUAUUUUGUUGAGUAAUUCUAACAGUGAAUUUUAAAUUUCUGUCUUUUGAUAUUUUUUAUUUGAUCAAUUUGACUAAAACCACAAAUCUGUAAAAACUUUAGGUUGACUACACAUUUCUUACAUGACAUGAUGGAAUAAAUAGAGAACAAAGGACGGUUUAUUAGCCUGAGGUUGUGAGAUAAUUAAGACAUUUAUUUGCCAGUUUUGUAUUUCUGUAUUUUUGGCUUGUGAAUUUUGCCAGAAUGCAGUUGAAAAACAAAAAAUAUACAGAAAAAAGAACUACUUCAGCAAAUGCUAUCCCUAACAAUGUUUCUGUAACGGGCAUUUAGCUCAAUGAUGCAUUACUUGUUAUUUGGCUCAAAACAGUGUUUCCACGACCAGAGCUUCUACCGCCGCUGAAUUGGCUGCCUGGUGCAGCUGUCACGCCGCUUAAAGCAUGUAGUGUUUUUUUCAGUGUUAGAUGUCAAUGGAUUUAUUGGAGAGUUUUCUGUCACAGUUUACCGUUUAAGAGACUGACUUUAGCAUUAGCCUCUAGUGCGUUUUAGUGGUCUGUCGAUUGCGAUAUUUACACGAUUUUGCUGCUCUGAAAAGUUACACUACAUUUAGCUUUGAGGGGUUCGAGGCUCUCAUUCUUAGACAUGUUCAACGUUCUCUAAAUGGUUAGGAAAACGGUGUUUACUUGUAAAACAGUCAGUUCUGCACUAGAGGGUUCACAUUUAACAAAACAUGUUCACUAAAUCUGACGAUCCCUGCGCACAGAAUCAACAAUUUUCAAGCACUGACUGUGGAACAAACAUGUCUUCCUGUGGAGCAUGUAAUAAAACUAUAAAUGGCUCUAAUACUUAAUAUUCAGUACAGACAGUUUGAAUAAUAACUUGAUUAUGAUGAAGGUAUUUGUAACUCUUCCAUUAGUCUUUCUUUAGGUACAAUACAGUGUUUUAACAGCAAACACACCUUUUACACGCUGUAUCUCCAUGUUGGUCACAGGAUGUAUUGUGUCCUGAAAUUUCAGCGCCGUGUUAAAAAUGACUCAUCCUUCCUGACAAUUAUUUGAUUUGAACUGUCAUCAGAGUCAAAACAGUAUUACACAUCAUUAAAGCACUGUAUCUAGUUAACAGGUUUCAAAAUAUCAGCGCUCAUUAUUGGCCACUUUGGGGAACUUCCUGUCACUACGCUGUCUGUCACAUUAUGACAAAGAUACAGCGACAGCAAUUUCAGUGAGGUUUGUGACUGAGGUGCUUUGUUUGAACAGCUACAUAUUGGCUUGAUGAGAGUCACUGUAAGUCAACAACUCCCAUAAGCAACUCCAGUAGAAAUGUUAAAAUCAUAAAAUCUUAUGGUUGUUGAAUUCACAGUUGUUUCGAGUACAAAGCCAAAACACACACUAUCUAUAUAUCAGUGUGUGGGUGUUUGCGUGUAUGUCUAAAUGUGUGCAAUAUAGAGAUUGGGGAAUACUGUAUAUGGUCUGUAGGUCAUACGUAAAGAUGGACAAUUCUAUCAUCUUCUAAACUCAGAAAGCUGUAGUAUUUAACACAACCGCCUUGGAGGUAUUGAUCCAAACAUGGCUUUUCUCAUGAUACCACACUGGCUUUCUUAAGCCUUGUAUUAUUGGCUUAUAUCCCUGAUAAAUAUCCAAGAGCAUCAAAAGUCAAACAGCUUUAAACGAAAAAGAAUCAAACCAGCUAGCAUGAGACAUAACACUAACGGAAAGCUGUAAAUCAAAAUGCCUGCAAGUGCGAGUGCUCAGCUCAGUUAGUACUGCAAAAAGUGAAUGGGCUCCAGCUGGGCUAUGUAUCCUUAAAACACGAGAGAACAGCAGAUUAUAGCCUCUUUUGUAAUAUUGGACAGAUUCUGGAAAUGUAAUGCAGAAUUUCUGGAUAAAAAGUUGAGAUAAAUGUGUUUAUGGUGAAAUCUCAAAACUGUUUGUGCCUCUACAGAAAUCAAACUUAAUUUGCGUAAUUUACGCUUGGAUUUUCGCUCUUCGUCAUUUGAUUUCCUGCUGUUGAUCUAUCGCUCUCAUUUUUUUUUUUUUUCACAAUUAUCUCUGUAGGUUUUAAUUCAUUGUCUUAGCCACAUGCUGUUUUGAGAGUACUACUGUAUUUUGGAGGACAACACUAAUGUUUUUAUGUUUUGACUGUGUGUAUGUUGUACAGUUUUGGUGUGUGAGAAAGAAGAUGAUGAUGUCUGUUAUUCUGAUGAUAUUUUAUGCCUUACAGACGACCAGUGUUCUCCCAUAAGUGUUUUUUGUAGCAGUGGUGCUGGAGUUUCUUUACUUUGUUUGGGUUUGGGUGCAGUUUAUAGAUCUGAAAUAAUUCGUUUUUGGACACUCUAUUAGAAUCAACCUUUCAACCCUAAAUACUGACUUGGUUUCAGGGGGAAUAUUGACUCAUUGUCAGGUUUUUUUCAAUGAUGAUGGUGUUGUGUUUGCUUUUCGAUUGUAGUAUGAACAUACUGCCAUGUACAGAUUUCUGCAUGCAUAUCUUAGGUGUAAAAUGACUGUAUAGAGCAACAGACGCACACACACAGACUAACUUAACUAUUUUAAGAUUGUAGCUUAACUCUGUAUCUUUGCAAUAUUGUUUUUAUUUUAUU